AUGGCAGAGACAAUGCGAUGGGGCAAUCACUCUGGAUGUGGUUUUCUCAGUGGUGACUGUGUAGAGAAAAGUGAGGGCAAACACUCGGAUGUGUCCUGCGAUAGUAGUAGUGUUGCUACCAGAACAACAACUCUGCAGUGCACAUCAGACCGCUUUGCACUUGGGCACUGCACUCGUAGUCUCUCCUCGCAGCCUAUUUCUGUUUUCUCUGCAGAACACCGUGGAGAGAAGAGGGAGUGUGCUGUUGUGAAAGCCACUGCGGCAACUGUGUGUGAGAACGGCAGUGAGGCCCACAUGCCUGGAAGUCGUAUCGGUAAUACAUCACGUUGUCUGAAAGGAGAUGCACUGCGGCUGCGUGAUGUGUCUACUAUUGAUAUUCAUUCAGUCAUUGGAGAUAUCUGUGCAAAUGUGAAGUGUGAGGGUGGGAAAGUGAGUGUACAGUAUAAAGGGGAUGAUCAUUGGUAUGAAUGUAAGGAGGGCAGCAGUAUUUCACCCUCUGUUACUUCAGUCUUUAGUAGUGGCCGCAUUGUGUGUCCUCCAUACAGUGAGGUCUGCAUGGAUUUACCAAUAGAACCCCUACCAACAGAGGCAGUAGUAAUGCAGGAGGAGGUAUACAACGUUACUGCAUCAAUUUAA